AUGCAGUUCUCCAUCUUCUUUGAUGGCACGCGCAAUCAUGCGGAUGAGGACAGGCCAAGUGGUUCACACAGCAACGUCACAAGGCUCUUCGACGUCUGCAGAAUGAGGGAGCGCGAACAACAAUUCCGCCUCUACAUCCCCGGCGUCGGCACCCCAUUCCCACCCAUCGGCGAGCACGAACCCCACCCGAUGGGCGCGCGCGAGGGGGCCUACGGCGACCGUCGUCUGCGCUACGCCUACCUGUACAUCGGCAAUCGUAUCGCGGAGCUGAGCGGAUAUCCGUUGAUCGUGGAUGAAAACGAGCCGGCACUGAUCCGCGCCAUUGAAGACGAGAAACAGGUAAAGAUCUGGACCACCACGCUGGCCAGUAUUCUCGCUCGCCCCAAGCCCGCCGCACCUCACAUUUCCAGCAUCACGCUGGAUCUGUUCGGAUUCUCGCGAGGCGCCACCGCUGCACGUACGUUUCUCAAUCAGCUCAUCGAGUGGGCCGGCGACAACCAGCCCAAGAUUUGUGGCAUUCCGCUGCGGGUGCGUUUCAUGGGCUUGUUCGACACCGUGGCAUCGGUGCAUGUGGCCGACUCGGUGCCCUUGCUGCCCGGUGAUGGUCACCUGAAAUGGGCCGAACCGCGCCACAUGGGCAUACCUGGGUUCGUCGAGCAGUGCGUGCACAUGAUUGCGGCACAUGAGGCGCGAAACUCGUUUCCGCUCACCACCAUCUGUGCACUGCAGAGUGAGUCGCCACAGCGGCUGGAGAUCAUCUACCCGGGCAUGCAUUCUGACGUGGGCGGUGGCUAUGGCCCUAUAACGCAGGGCAAAGGCACGAACCAGUCCGGCGCCAUUCGCCAGCAGCAGCAGGACAUGCUCUCGCAGAUUCCGCUCAACGAUAUGUAUCGCAGGGCGCUGGCAGCGGGCGUCCCGCUCAUGGAUGGAGCCGCACUGGCGCGCGCGAGAACUGCUGCCGACUUCGCCAUUUCCCCCGAGCUCCAACGCGCGUUCGAUGCACAUCAAGCCCGCCUUGGCAGCUUCAAGGGCGGCGCCCCCUUGAUGCGUCAGCUGCAUCACCACUACCUCGACUACAUCGGCUGGCGCCGCAGCGUGCUGCGCAGAAGCGAUUACAUCGCCCUGCCAUUCGUGCGGCAGUGCAAGCCCGCCCUGCUGCAGGAACACAUCAAUCUUGACCAGUCCAACGUCGAGCUGCACCAGGAUGUGGAGGCCUGCGAGGGCUUCGGUGGUACCGUCCGCAGCCUGGUCAGCCGCUGGUCCGGCGCCUACAGCUACGCCACGGGCUUUCCGCCCAUGCGCGAGAUGUACCAGCGCUACUGGAAGAUCUCGCCCGAUCCCGCCCCUGCGGUCCGCACGCUGCUGGAGGACCAUAUCCAUGAUUCACGGGCGGCCUUCGUGCUGACCGACCCGCAGUGCCAGCGUGACUACGACACGAUGCACAAGCAGCUGGAGGAGAAGGAUCGGCGUUAG